AUGAGUGUGGUGACGGGGGCGCUGGGAAGCCUCGGCCCCAAGCUUCUUCAGCUGCUCCAUGGUGAGUACAAGCUCCAGAAGGGUGUGAGGAAGCAAGUGGAGUCGCUUUCCCGCGAGCUGGACAGCAUCUACCCUUUCCUCCACAAGGUCUCAGAUGUGCCAUGGGACCAGCUCGACGAGCAGGUCAAGUUGUGGGCGCACGAGGUCAGGGAGGCAUCCUACGACAUGGAGGACGUCCUCGACACCUUCCUCGUUCGGGUCGACGGCGGAAAGAACAACUCCGACUCCAGCAGCCUCAAACUUGCCAUGACGAAGCUGGGUGAGCUGUUCAGCAAGGCCAAGGCUCGCCGUGAUAUUGCAGCAAAGAUCAUGGACAUAACAAAGCGUCUCGAGGAGGUAGCCAACAAUCGUCAGAAGUACAAACUUGAUGAGAUUAUGUGCAAGCCACUCGCAGCAACGUCAACUAUCGCAGCAACGUCAACUAUUGAUCCCCGCCUUAAAGCUAUGUACAAAGAAGUGACACAACUUAUUGGCGUCGACAAGUCAAGCGACGAGCUCAUGUCUAUGCUGAAUACAUCCCAACAGGAUCAUGAUGCCUCUGAUAAGAAGAUGAAGAUGGUUUCAGUUGUGGGAGUUGGAGGAUUGGGUAAAACCACUCUUGCCAGAGCGGUGUAUGACAAGCUUAAGUCGCAGUACGACUGCGGGGCUUUCGUUUCAAUCGGUCGGGAUCAUGACUUGGUAAAAGUUUUCAAGGAUAUUCUCUUUCAUCUUGACAGUGAAAACCAUAAGGACAUUCACAACACUGAGAGAGGCGUCGAGCUCCUCAUUCACCAACUCCGAGAAUUCCUGAACAAAAAGAGGUAUUUUAUUGUUAUUGAUGAUGUAUGGGAGGUACGCACUUGGGAAGCAAUCAAACUAGCACUUGUUGAGAAUAAUCAUGGAAGUAAAGUAAUCACAACUACUCGAAAUGUUGAUGUUGCCAAAGCAUCUGGUGAGGUUUACAAGCAGAAACAACUUUCCUAUGAUGACUCCAUGAAAUUAUUUUAUACAAGCUACUAUGAUCUGCCUCCACAUUUGAGGACAUGCUUACUAUAUCUAAGUACAUAUCCAGAAGAUUAUAGGAUCCAAAAGGAUUCUUUGAUAUGGAAGUGGAUAGCUGAAGGAUUUAUUGAUGGGAAACAGGGAACAAGAUUAUUUGAGCUUGGAGAAAGAUACUUCAAUGGUCUCAUUAAUAGAAGCUUGAUCCAGCCAGUGGAGAAUGGGUGGAAUGGCAGAGUAGAAAGCUGCCGUGUUCAUGAUAUGGUUCUUGAUCUGAUGCUACACUGCAGCUUUGAGAAAGGUUGCCACCUUGAGCAUCUUGGUGAUUUACUUCACUUGAGGUACCUUAGGAUAAGAUUCAACGGUAGUUCCCCUGAGCUCCCCAUACAACUAGGGAAUCUAAAGUUACUGCAAACACUCGAUGUGGAGGGAACAUUGCCAGCAAGCAUUGUGCACCUAACAGAGCUGGUCCGGCUAUGUGCUGACAAAAAGGUACCGGAUGGGAUUGGGAAGCUGGUUUCCCUGGAGGAGCUAAGAAUAAUAAAAGGUUGCAGUGACAAGGCGUUGAAAUUUUUGAAAGAGCUUGACAGCCUGCGAGAACUAAGGGUGCUUGAAUUUGCCACUUAUGAUGGGGCGGACCAGAGCAUGCAGAGAGAUUUUGUGAAGUCUCUAAGCAAUAUGCAGAAGCUCCAGCAUAUAGAUGUGUACGAUUCACCUUGGCUUGCGGAUACAGCCAUGUGGGAAGCAGCAGGCUUUGUGCUCCCACGACCUCUCCAUUAUUUGGGAUGGCAUGCAAUUAGAUUUUCCAAAUUGCCGUCAUGCAUUAAUCCAUCAGCUCUUCCCAUCCUGGCCCACUUGCAGCUGUUUGUGAUUACUAUGGAUGAGCAGGAUCUGAAACUCCUUGCUAGGUUACCAGCGCUCUAUUAUCUCGACCUGACAACAGAGUCCACGGUAACAGCAAGCAAUAUUAACGCCGGUGAUCGCAGCUUCUUCCAAAAGUUGGCGCACUUCGUUACCAAUGCAAUGGUGCAGUUUGAGCAGGCCAACGAGGGGGACACUAGCAUUUCAUUGCAUAUGUGGAAUGGAGAGGAUGCUAUGCCCUUUGCCUCUAGAAAAGGCAACAAAUCCAGAAAAGUUGUACCAUCUGGCGUGAUGCCAAAUCUUCAAGUGCUUUAUUUUAAUGUCCAUUUGCGGGCCCUAAAAUAUAACUACAGUGACUACUAUGAGAAUAUUGGCUUGGAGUACCUGCCUUCCCUUCGGGAACUGAAAGGGCGGAUCGCCCAUGAAGACGUGCCUGUUGCGGAGAGCGAUGCUGUGUUGGCUGCACUAAGAGACGCAUGCAACGUCCAUCCCAACCAUCCCACGUUACAGUUCUGUCUCCAUUUAUUACGAUAA